AUGACGGCCGUGGCUAGGAGACAAGAACACGAAGAUUCCGGAGAAUAUUCGGACGCAUCGCAGGAUAUCGAGCACAAUAUCUCCGUGAACGAUGGUGGGCAGCAUGAGUCGGACUAUGACUCUCAAGGGAGUGACUCUGAGCACUCCGACCAGGAUUCCGAGAAUAAGGAAACGGAACGUCGAGUAGACGAUGACGAAGACCGAAGCAAUCCGCAAUACAUCCCCAAGAGGGGAACCUUCUACGAGCACGACGACCGAACUGCAGCUAGCGGUGAAGAAUCAAGCACUGCGACUUCGGAAGCGGCUUCAGAGAAGAAAGAAGGUACGGAGCCGCCGACCGAGCGACGUCGACCGCCUCGCAAGUCGGAGAUAGUGAACAAGUGGUCGCAUGACAAGUACAAUGAGAAUGAACAGAUGCCGAAGUCCCGUGACGAGCUGGUGGCUAUCUACGGCUACGACAUUCGAAAUGAGGAUGCGCCUCCUCACGCGAGACGCAACAGACGAUAUGGACGCGGCCCCAACAAGUACACCCGUACGUGGGAGGACGAGGAGGCGUACAGGCGCCAGUCCGCCGCGCAACAACUGCCGCGGAAACCACCCACUGCUGAGGACUUCCCUGAACUUGAUGGUCGCAGACAUGGCAAACCGCGUCCUCGCCCUCGCUCCAAGUCUCAGCCGUCUGCCAACGAGCCGGUUGAGAACGGCGGUCAGCUUCGUCGCAACGCCUCAAUAAAAUCUACCAAGAAGCCGGCAGUGAAACAAGGGUCUGGUCGCAUUCCAGUCAAGCCUGCAAAUAAAACACCUAAUAAGAGAGAAGAGAAGAUGCCGGCUAUAGAAAACCUGACUAUCACUGCUAAUGUGAACAACAAUAAUAACAAUCAAGGUCAGGCCCCGCGCAAGGUGAACGCGACGGUAGCGCAGCAGAGACCGGUGCCCACUGACCAGGGAAGGAAGAAGCCUAACGCUAAUGCACAGCCUCAGCCGCACCCCAACCCCCCUCGCACGAAGUCUCCCCCCACUACGGCCGCGCCACAGUCCGCCCAACAACAGAAGGCAAACAACCAACAACAACAACAGACCACUGCAGGCGGUGGUGGCAGUAAACGUUACAGUAGCUUGCGCCAGCGUCCUCUAGCGGACUCGUACACUCCGCAGCAACAGCCGCCGGCGCAGCAACCGACGCAGCAACCCGCGCAGCAACAGACGCAGCAACAGACACAGCAACAGUCGCAGCAACAACAACCUCAUAGAUAUCACGCAGGUCCGGGCGAGUUCGUGGGCGGCAGUGCGCACGGCGCGGCACAGACUCACGCGCACCCGCAACACAUGAUACACCAGCAGGUGCUGGUGGGGCGCGGGUCCCCCCCCGCGCACGGGCUGCCCGCCCCGCCGCCGCACGCCCAGCACGCGCAACAGGUCCGGCUGGGCCUGCUGGAGCAGCCGCCGCUGGCGCCAGUCCCGCACCCACACCACAACAUGCAUAACUUGCCCGCCACACACUCUAUGGGUCAAAUACAACCAGCACAAGGAUACGCCCCACCUGCCAUGAUGCCCGCUCAGUAUAUGCAACAAAGCAACAGUGGCGCAGUGUUCGGUGGUGCGAUGUUCCCGGCGGGCACUCACGCCCCGCCUCACGCCCCUCACGCCCCGCCCCACGCUCCUCACGCUCCGCCCCACGCCCCGCCUCACGCUCCCCACGCCCCGCCUCAUGCCACCUAUCAGCAUCAAAUAUACACGCCGCACCAUAAUUAUGCGGGCGGAGUGACGUACUACAACUGCGCGGAGCAGGAGGCGGCGCACAGCGCGCGCGCGCAGCGACGGCCCACCGCCGCCAUACCCAUCGUCAGCCCGCACCACGCAGACAGCAGGCCAGCGAAUUCAUCUGAAAAGGACAAUAUAGACAGGAUCGUGGAGAACAUGUUCGUGAGGAAACCCUGGCCAGCGACACAUGGAGCUGAUUCAAAAGAAAAACAGCCAGAAAAUCGCAGUUCUCAGGAACCACAAAGCAAAGAGUCAUCUCAACCGAACAGUCUAACCUCCAGCUCAAUCUCCACCGACUCCAAACCUUCCGAAAGCAGAGAAGAGAAGGAGAAAGUGGAAGAAGUGAGAGAAGAAGAGAAGAAGGAGAAGAAAGAGUCAGUAGAGCCAGUUGUCCCACAAGAAAGUAUAGCGACAGAUGCCUGA